CCUGCGCCGACGGCCCCUGCUGCCCCCGCCCCGGAGCGGUGGCCGGCGUGCAGCAGACGCUGGACGAGAUGGACUUCGAGAGGGGAAUCUGGUCAGCAGCCCUGAAUGGAGAUCUGGGUCGAGUGAAGUAUUUAAUCCAGAAGGCAGCAGACCCUAGUCAGCCUGACUCAGCUGGCUACACGGCUUUGCACUAUGCCAGCCGCAAUGGGCACUAUGCUGUAUGCCAGUUCCUACUGGAAAGCGGGGCGAAGUGUGAUGCCCAAACCCAUGGGGGUGCCACUGCCCUGCACCGGGCCAGCUACUGCGGGCACACUGAGAUUGCACGGCUUCUGCUUUCGCAUGGGUCCAACCCCAGACUGGUUGAUGAUGAUGGCAUGACCAGUCUACAUAAGGUAAGUGGAGAAGGAGCUGGAAAGAAAGUGUUGGGAUAUGGACAUGGAGUUCCUGAUCCUGGAGGCUGGCCUAGUGAUUGGAGGCUGGGGCCCCAAGAGGCUGCGGCCCGGGAAAGGCAGAAGCUGGAAGAAGAGAAGAAGAAGAAACUACAACGAUUUAACAGUUCCAGAGUUAACCUAGAGACUCUGGCUGACUUGGAAAACUUGGUUCAAAGACGAAGAGAAAAGCGACUGAAACUGAAACUGAAACGCAGAGUCCCCCCCAAGGCACCUGAGCCAGUGGUUAAGCAGCAACCCCAGGCCCAGCUGGAGUCUGUGGACCUGGAGGCAUUCUUGAAGGCAGCUGCUGAGAACCAGGAGGCCCUGAUUGACAAGUACCUGGCAGAUGGAGGGGACCCCAACGCCCAUGACAAGCUCCACCGCACGGCCCUGCACUGGGCCUGCCUCAAGGGUCACAGCCAGCUUGUGAACAAGCUUUUGGAGGCGGGUGCCGCUGUGGACGCUCGGGACUUGCUGGACAGGACACCUGUGUUCUGGGCCUGCCGUGGAGGACACCUGGACAUCCUCAAACAUCUGCUUAACCAGGGAGCUCAGGUUGAUGCCCGGGACAAGAUCUGGAGCACCCCCCUGCAUGUGGCUGUGCGCACAGGACACUGUGACUGCCUGGAGCACCUCAUCGCAUGUGGAGCCCAGAUUAAUGCACAGGACAAGGAAGGGGACACAGCACUGCACGAGGCUGUACGUCACGGUCACUACAGAGCCAUGAAGGUGCUGCUGCUUUAUGGAGCCCAGCUGGGUGUGCGGAACGUGGCUUCCAUGACCCCAGUGCAGCUGGCUCGGGACUGGCAGCGGGGCAUCCGGGAAGCACUGCAGGCCCAUGUUGGGCACCCCCGGACCCGAUGCUAGUGAUAACAGCAGACCUGCAGGGUCACUCGCAGCCACCAUUCCAUCCCCUUCCUCUCCCAUCCUUACAUGACUAAAGCCUCUGCACCCCUGUGGUUCUAACCUCAGUCCCGACUCCUCUGAGGGCGCUUGCUCCGGCCUCCCGGGCAGCUGUGUGGAGGCUGAGCAGCAGCCCCAACCCUGCAGGUAGACAAGCAGGCUCCCUGGCUUCAAGUCUCAGGGGUGACUCAUUCCCUGCCAGGGCUCGAGCUAAGGGGCUGAGGCAGAGGACCACGGGUAAGAGGAAAAGUGGGUCCAGACCAGGAUGGAGAAUGGGAGCCCAGGAUGGAGCAGAAAUUGACUCUAAGCCUCGCGCUACCAUGGGCUGGCGCUAGAUUCCCUCGGUGUCUGCUGAGCCUCAGUCUGGGAGACUGAUUCGCCCCUGCCCUGACAGGGCCGGUCUCCUGUCAGGUGGUGAUUCAGGGCAUGGCUAACAGCUGCCACCAGGGACUUACAAAGGCAACUGAAAGGCCAUAAAGAGGGUAGGCACUUCUGCAGUCGGUCAAAGCCCUUGGGCAGGGGUUUCUCCAGGUGACUCCACGCCUAUCAGCGGCAACCCUGGUAGUGUCUGGAGUGGCUUUAGAUACCUUUGGUCUUAGAGACUCUGGAGUUGGGCCUGGUAAUCUGGAGGGGGCUGCUCAACAGGUUUGAGGCCCCACUGCAACAGAAGCCCAGUACCAACCUGGUUGCCUCAGAGGCCCUAAGACCAAUGAUUUGGAGCUCCUCUUUAUUUUAGGGAAACCUGUGCCCCCUGGCUUUCCUUGUAGGGGUGUGUGUCUGGGUUCUGGGAUUGCUUGUGGCCCACUCAACUUAUGGGGCGGUGGCCCGUAACCCUACUUUGCCUCAGGUACUAAUAUUGCCCUGGGUCUGAAGCCUUUGCCAGGCCCCUGCAGCUGCUGCACCUGCUCUGCUCUAUCCCACCUCAGAGGCAGGACACUGAGGGGCUCCAUCCAGCGGGGAAGCAGAGGCGGGUUAACUAUCUGCUAAUUGGUGGCAGUUUUAAGACCCAACUUUACACAGGCUCUUCUAAAGAUUCCUUCCUCUUUCCUUGUCCUUUAUGUUUCAAGCUGCACCGGUGUAGACCUGUACUACUGGCGAGGCUGGGUCCUUAUAAGCCAGAAAGUGAAUCUUAGACUCUGCCCUGAACUGAGAAACAGGCUGAGGGAUGGGCUGACACUUCGCCCCCCUCAUGUCCAUGAGGUACCAUUUUGGAGCAAUCAUUUUUCAGUCUAACUUCAGAGGCCCUCUGAGGCCUAAAACAGGGUUGUUCUUACUAUGUGAAGAAACUGACCAGGGCUCCAUACCAGGGGCCACACACCCUCCUCCACUUGGGCAGCUCCUGCCCUGUGGUGACGGCCAGUGUCUAACCUGGCACUGGGGCCCGAGGAGAAACAGAUAUUCAAGUCUAUGGAGAAGACAACUCCCCAUCUAGAAAAUGGGGACACUUAAGUGACAGACAAAACUACCUUUUUAUACAGAUCAAUAUUUUUUGUUCAUUAAAAUUGGUUGCUUAUCCAACACAGCCUCAU